CUGAUAAUCAAUAUCUGCUACCAUGGAAUAACAUCUAUCUUCGAACACAUAAAUCACCCAGAGGACCAAUUCCUUUUUGGUACAAAUAUAUAAAAAAUUUAAUAACUAAUAACUUACUACCCUCAGUUUGGCCAUCAAUUCAACUCGAAAAUAUUAAUCCAUUUAUCAAUACACUCACACUAACCUCAACACCAUCUACUAUCUCUAAAAAAAAAUAA